GCCUCCUGCUCCCCAGAGAGACACGGCUGCAGCGGGGACAUCUGCCAGCCCUGGGCUUCCCGCUCCGCUCCUGCCACCUCCACCAAGAGAGCCAGUGGCCGCCCCGACCCCGCUGCCCAGCCCCACAGCUGCAGCUGUGCCCCUCUAUGGGUAUGGAGCGAGGGAAAACGAUCGAGAGUACGUGGAGAGGAGGGUGGAUUUUAACUCUCCACUUUUCAAGCCUGAGACUGGAUUCCCAUUUGGGAAAACCCUGCGCGACUCUCUCUACUUUACAGACAAUGGACAAAUCAUUUUCCCAGCCUCAGACAGCAACAUCUUCACAUACCCCAGUCCUCCUCCCAGUGGCUUCAAUGGCUACGAGGAGGUUCCUAUGAUUGCUGUGUUUUGGGACAAUGCUGACUUCUCCAGAGGCGUUGGCACAACGUUUUACCAGGAGUUCCUCACCCUUAACACAGCCAAGCCUCCGUUCAUCCGGGAUGUGGAAGAGAAGAUUCGGCGCUACCUGAGGUCUUCCUACUCUGCAGUCUGGACCCUGAAGAUCACCUGGGAGAAAGCUCCUGCCUACACAGCACGGACAGACACCCGGAGGACGAUCACAUACCAGGCCAUCCUGACCACUGAUGGCUUCAGGUCCUACGUCUUGAUGCUCUACAAGGAUGGAGGCAUGCAAUGGGAUUACACCAAGCUUGCUGCCAACAAUGUGCUCGUCGGCUACACCAGUGGGGAUGGCUUUUACCGCAACGAUGACCUGAGUAAGAGACCUCCAGCAGUCAAAUAUCGCCCUGACCAGUUCAGGGGCUACAACACAGACCUCCGUGGGCUGUGGAUCUAUAAGCUGGAGAGCCGCCCGGGUUUCAACUACCGGCUGAAGUGCCUGGCAUGGACAGGGCGGCAGCAGGAGCCACAGACGUGGAACCAGGGCCUGCCUGCCUGCCCCUGCUCCCUGCAACAAGGGCAGCAGGACCCACGCUUCAAGAGCAGCCGCAGAGGCUGGUGGGCUGCCCGUGUCUCCAUGCUGCAUUCAGCCGCCCCCAACCAGCACGGUGCCAGUGUCCGCUGCCUGUAUGACAGCCAGGGCCAGCUCAUCGAGGGCCGGCAGGAGAGGUACUGGAAGUCCUCCAGGCUAGCAUCCCCUUACCGUGACCAGGAGCUGAAAUUGUAUGACUGGUGCUGUAACCAGGCAGGCAGUGCCCACCUCUGUGCCCGCUACAGUGAGAAGAGACCCAAGAUUGGCUGUGAUGGAUACCAGUCACCUGGCGAAGCAGAUUCCUCAGAGGAGGAGGACAUUGAAUCAGAGGAGCAGAUUGAUGGAGAGGACGAGUAACUGGGAGGUCACACACCUGCGGCAUGGUCUGCGUCACAGCUAAUCCUUUGAGAUCUUUGCUCCUGCUCAUCCUCUGUCCCCUGCACCCCCCAGCACCUAUUAGCCUUGCCCACCACACAGGGCAGCUCGUUCAGCCCCUGCAGCCGGCUUCACUGGCACCAGUUCAUGUCUCUAACCCAGACUUGUCCCAAGGAGACAGGUGCUUUAGUUGCCCUUCCCCAGCUGCAGCUGAGCAGCUGCCUGUGGGCCCUUCCUCGCUGCUGGGUUCCCCCACUGCGUCCCUCACCCCUGCCCUCCCUGCAUCCUGCUGUGCCGCUCACACUGCCUCGUGAAGCUCCCUAGCACCCGGGGAAUAGGCUUUCACAUCUCGUGUGGGUCAGCUGUGGCUGAGCCCCUGAGUGCUGUGGUGGACAUCCUGUUUUGUCUCUCCACACAUCCCUCCCUGAGUGCUCCCCAGGCCCUUUACCCAGGAAGAGGGGGCGACUCUCUGCAUCAAGCCAGAGUCUGCUUGGUGCCUCCGCUGGGUGUGUGAGGCCAAACUUCAACUCCCAUAUCAGAAACUUUAGAAGAAAAAGAAUGUUUUUUGUUCACAAGAGAGCAGCUGCCUUUCCUCAAAAAACCUUCAUCACAUCUUGUGUGUUCAAUAAAGCCUCUGAGGGGUCUGAGCAUCA